AUGGAGCUAAAUGAUGUUAUUUUUAACCAGCCCGUCGUAAUAGAUAACGGUUCUGGUGUAAUUAAAGCAGGUUUCGCUGGAGAUCAAAUUCCAAAAUGCAGGUUUCCAAACUAUAUUGGCCGGCCAAAACAUAUCAGAGUGAUGGCCGGUGCAUUAGAAGGAGAGUUGUUUGUUGGUCCCCGAGCUGAGGAACACAGAGGUCUAUUGAGCAUUAAAUACCCAAUGGAACAUGGUAUUGUUACAGAUUGGAAUGAUAUGGAGAGAGUGUGGAAUUAUAUUUAUAGUAAGGACCAACUAUCAACCUUCUCUGAAGAGCAUCCAGUGUUACUUACAGAAGCACCAUUAAAUCCUAGACGGAACAGAGAAAAGGCAGCAGAAGUUUUCUUUGAAACAUUUAAUGUGCCUGCACUUUUCCUAUCAAUGCAAGCCGUACUUAGUUUAUAUGCAACUGGGCGAACAACAGGUGUGGUACUCGACUCUGGAGAUGGUGUGACCCACUCGGUACCAAUAUACGAAGGCUUCGCAAUGCCUCACAGUAUUAUGAGAGUGGAUGUUGCCGGACGGGAUGUAACGCGAUAUCUUAGGUUGCUGUUACGCAAAGAAGGUGUGAAUCUACGUACUUCAGCGGAACUGGAAAUCGUUAGGUCGAUCAAAGAGAGAGCUUGCUAUCUCUCUCCGAACCCGUUGAAGGAGGAAACCAUGGAUUCAGAGCGGGCACAGUACACGCUACCAGAUGGCACGCAAUUGGAGAUUGGCCCGGCGAGGUUCAGAGCACCAGAAGUGCUGUUUAGACCAGAUCUCAUUGGAGAGGAGUGUGAAGGUCUUCAUGAAGUACUUAUGUUCGCGAUACAAAAGUCUGAUAUGGAUUUACGCAAGGUUUUAUAUCAGAAUAUAGUGCUCAGUGGUGGUUCCACGUUAUUCCGAGGGUUCGGGGAUCGAUUAUUGGCCGAAAUACGACGGCUGGCACCUAAGGAUAUGAAGAUAAGGAUCUCAGCGCCCCAAGAGCGUCUCUAUUCAACAUGGAUCGGGGGUUCGAUUCUCGCAUCACUCGACACGUUUAGAAAGAUGUGGGUCUCGAAGCGGGAGUAUGAUGAGGAGGGCCAUCGCGCUGUGCAUCGCAAGACAUUCUAA